UUUAUUUUUUUUAGCACAUUCUCUCGCAGUCAGUCAAAGCAACGGGCGGAAAAGCAGCGCGGACAACCAGCGUUACAGACCACGGAAUAUAAAUACAUACACACGGCGGACAUUUAAACCCCCCCCGUUUCUCCCGUCGCGUCCAGCCUGCUCGAGAAGGUGAGUCUUCUCCUCUGAACACGCGACUCCACCAACGGAAUACACGUGUUCAGCAUGUCCAGUGAGGUGCAGCCGAGGCCGGACGACAGCCCCAACACCAGUGGGGGAAGCUCGGACGCCGAGCAGAGGGAGGCGGCUCCGCCGGAGCAGCCGGGCCCCGAGCAGCGGGACCAGACACAGCCCAAGAAGAAGGAGGCCAAGAUCUCCAGCAAGACCGCCGCCAAGCUCUCCACCAGCGCCAAGAGAAUCCAGAAAGAGCUAGCAGAGAUAACCUUGGACCCGCCGCCAAAUUGCAGCGCCGGCCCCAAAGGAGACAACAUCUACGAGUGGAGGUCGACCAUCCUGGGGCCCCCGGGCUCCGUGUACGAGGGGGGGGUGUUCUUCCUGGACAUCGCCUUCACACCAGACUACCCCUUCAAACCACCCAAGGUGACGUUCCGCACGAGGAUCUACCACUGCAACAUCAACAGUCAGGGGGUGAUCUGCCUGGACAUCCUGAAGGACAACUGGAGUCCCGCCCUCACCAUCUCCAAGGUCCUACUGUCCAUCUGCUCCCUGCUCACUGACUGCAACCCUGCCGACCCUCUGGUGGGAAGCAUCGCCACACAGUACCUGACCAACAGAGCGGAGCACGACCGGAUAGCCAAACAGUGGACCAAACGCUACGCCACAUAGACCAGCACCCCGCCCUCCAGGACCCCUCACACACACACACACACACACACACACACACACACCUCCUCCGAAAUCUAUGGAAGCACACCCGCUCCUGUCACCCACCCCUCCUCUCCCCUCUCCCCUCCCCCCACCCCAAAACCCAGAGAAAUGAACUGUUAUUUGUUCCAUGCUGACUUGAAAAGCUUCUUUUUUAUACAAAGAGUCUAUUGGGAUUGUAUUUUCCAAUACACUGAAUGUUGAUAUGGUCAUGAAAAGCUUUAAUACUGUUACUGUUCUCGUCGUCCUCGUUCUUAUUGUUAUUGCAUUGUUUAUAACAUUGUCGCCACCCUCGUCAUCUUGUACUAUUCCCGUUCCAUGUGAUGGUUUCAUGUAAAAUGAUCAUACCGAGUGAGUGCAUUUAGUUUUGUUUGUUUUUCUUUUCAGUGGUUUUCUACAGCUAAUGGUCAAUAUUAGUGCAUGGCAUCGGGAUAUGUGUUCAGACAGCGGACAUGUAGUCAUGUAGUGUAUUAUUUCUGGCAUGGAGUGAUCCCAUCACCGUGUAUGACGAUAGUGGUAGUUUGCUGUACAUUUAAUGCCUUGUGAGAAUACAUACUCAUCGAAUACUCAAUUAAACACUGGCUGUAAUGUGACGGA